AUGACUUAUGCACUGGACCAAGAUGAUGCUUUAUACUUCCACAUAUUUGCUCAUACAAAGAUGGCCAUUGGUCUUUGUGUUGAAUACCUGUUGAAUGUCUAUGAUCAUGCUCUUCCUACCAAUUCACCCAUAGGGUAUCUUCAGGUUGGGGACUUCUUUGAAGAAUCAGAAAUCUGCCUCCUUCGAAAGCAGACAAAUGCUGGGGAUACCGCUGGAUCUACAAGCAUUGGAAUUUCUUCAAUACCAGGAAAUGCAAGUUUACUUGGAUGGGCCAUGAGUUCCUUGACUCUCAAAGGCAAACCCUCUGAGCGAACUACACUUGCUCCUGCACCUCUUACUUCUAUGAUCUCUAAUGCUAGCUCAAGUAUCACGCCUGUUAAUGUAAGUUCGAGUGUUGAUAUGGCUGAUCAACCUGCACCUGUUUCCCCUACAUCAACUGAUGCCUGGGGAGAACUUGAAAAUGGAAUUCAUGAAGAGCAUGAGUGUGACAAAGAUGGGUGGGAUGAUGUUGAGCCACUUGAAGAGCCAAAUCCAUCUCCAACUCUUGCAAACAUCCAAGCAGCUCAAAAGCGGACUGUCUCACAGCCAAAGCCCCAAUGUAACAUCAUUCAUUAAAUUUGUAAUAGUGGUGGGAUUACAAGACCAACUAUUUAUCACAGUAACAUUUUGCUUAUGUGGCUGAUUAGUUUUGUUUGUUCCUAACUGAGUUGUCCAUAGAGACAAGAUAAUGUAUUUUGAAGCAUAGUCACAGACUCACAGCUCAAUACACAAUAUAUUAUCAUUCUACCAUAUGUGGG